AUGGCAAUGCGUGCGACUCGCUCUGCGAGGAGGUUGGCGGUCGUGGCCAUACUGCUAAGCGGACUGGCGCUCCGAUCGCUGACGUUCUGUGGCAGUCCGACUGUUGCAGGGCGCCAGCCGGGCCGCGGCCGAGCCGAGCCGUCAAGAGGUUCAUACAUCUGCCGCCAAGCGGUGUCGCUGAAGGUGGAUGGGGCAGUGAAGCCCUUGGGAAAGUUCCUGCUUCUGAAGUCUGCGAAGGCGGAGGAGAUGACCAAGGGGGGCCUGCUGCUGCCGAAGAGCGAGAAGCCUAAGGAGGGCGAAGUAGUGGCAGUUGGCCCCGGAGAGGCCAUAGCCGAGUCGGGCGUGAUGGUUCCAAUGUCUGUCAAGGUGGGUGAGAAGGUUCUGUACAGCAAGUAUGGUGCAUCCGAAACCAUCGAGUGCAGUGGGGAGGAUCAUGUCCUCGUCAGAGAGGAUGACGUUCUCCUGAAGUACGAAGGCGACGAGCCUUCGCUGGAGCAGGUCUCCAUGCCUCGGGGCAAGGUUCUAGUGAAGUUGUUGGCGAAAGAGGAGGAGACCUCUUUCGGCUUGCUCCUGUCGAAGGAGGCCUCCAAACAGACCACGACCGCGGGCAAGGUGAUUGCUGUCGGCCCUGGCAUCGUUCUGGCCAACGGGGACGAGCAGCCCUCGCCGGUGCAGGUAGGCGACAUGGUCCGCUUUCGCUACGGGGACGAGGUCGACCUGGACAUAGGCGAUGACCAAUUUUCUGUCGUCAGCAGCUCCAACUGCAUCGCGAAAUGGCAGGAUGCUUGA